CAACAUGCAGUUUGUGCUAUACUCAUUGUGUAGUAUAUUUGCCAGUAUUCUGGCUUUAAAACCCACUGCUUCUCAAAAUCAUGUACCAACAUUCCGUAACAACAGGUCGUUACCGCUUGUUAUCAAUACAUGGGCGUUCACUGAGGCAAACGCAGCCGCUUGGCGUGUCCUAAAUCACCAACCAGGUGGCAAUGCUCUGGAUGCGCUUGUCGAAGGUUGUGCAACUUGUGAACGUUUACAAUGUGAUGGUACCGUCGGUUAUGGUGGCUCACCGGAUGAGAAUGGCGAAACAACACUUGAUGCUAUGAUCAUGGAUGGCAGCAAUAUGAAUAUUGGAGCAGUUGCAGGACUGCGCCAAGUAAAGAAUGUAAUAAGUGUAGCACGCCAUGUAUUGGAACACACAAAACACACACUACUGGUGGGUGAUGCGGCAAGUAAUUUUGCUGAGGCGAUGGGAUUUCGUCGCGAGAGUCUCACCACCAACAAAUCCAAAGAUAUUUGGACAAAGUGGCGUCAUCAGUUUUGUCAACCAAACUACUGGGUAAACGUUUAUCCAGAUCCAACGAAAAAUUGUGGUCCAUACAGUCCAAUUUCGUGGGAAAUCAAUGACCAAGCAAAAAGCACACGUUACGAAUAUCAAAUUGGACGGUGGAAUCAUGACACUAUUGGCAUGAUUGUCAUUGAUACAAAUGGUCAGAUCUAUGCGGGAACCUCCACUAAUGGCGCCAGCCACAAAAUACCAGGACGUGUUGGCGAUUCACCAAUACCCGGCGCUGGUGCUUAUGCGGACAAUGAAAUUGGUGCAGCUGUAGCUACUGGCGAUGGCGAUGUAAUGAUGCGUUUCCUGCCCGCACUGAUUGCUGUGGAAGCCCUGCGUGCUGGUAACAAUCCCUCAGUAGCCGCAGAGAUCGCAAUGCAACGCAUUGUGCGACAUUAUCCAGAUUUCAGUGGUGGAUUGGUGGUAGUUAAUCGCAUGGGCAAUUACGGUGCGGCUUGCGUAGGAAUGAGCAAAUUUCCAUACUCAAUUGUCAAUGGUGAUGCAAAGCAAAACACGGGAGUAGAAUACAAGUAUUGCAAAGAAAUACCGAAAUUUUUGUAAUUCAAAUAGUCAGAGAAGGAAAGGUUAGAAUUUUAUAGAUGUUCAUUUGUACACACAUACAUACACACAUAUGUAAACCUAAAUGCAUAAUAAAGGAAUUGAAACAAUUGCAAAAUGUGGUUUUGUUGUGGUAACGGCGUAAAGUAACAAAACAAUUUUUGGAAAUGCCGUUAGAGCGAUAGG